ACGUGGUGCUCGUCGAUACACCCUCCCAUGCCCGCUUCUCCGUUUGUAUGAAGGCGAUCGGGCGAUUGCGGAGCGAUGCCAGGUGUCCGAAGAAAGGUAGAUUCUUCAAAUCGGGACAGUGAUGACGAGCGAACGCCCCUUUUUGAAGCGGGCCACCUCCCAUCAUCAUCUAGCUCGAUCAACAGCCAUGGAAGCGGCCCAGAUACGAUCAAGCGUAUGCGAGAACUCGGUUCACUCAACCUGCUUUCACAAAAGUACGAGAGCCUUGACUAUGACACAUGCGAAAACAGCCUUUAUGUUGAGGAGCAUCGGAUGACAACAUUUACAGCAAUACGAAACACCAAUUGGAAACGAUGGCUUGUCACCUUCAUCAUUGGCAUUCUUACUGCUUUGACUGCCUGUACCAUCGACAUUUGCAUUGAAGUCAUAUCUAAUCUCAAGUUCACUUUGUUGAAAAAAUGGAUCAACGAUUGUAUCCACAGGGAUUGCAUAAUCCUGCCUUACCUGGGCUGGGUUGCAAUGAACACAGCUGCUGUUCUGGCUGGAGCAAUUUUGGUGGCCUACAUUGCGCCGGUGGCGGCAGCAAGUGGCAUUCCGGUCAUCAAGUGCUACCUGAAUGGUGUCAAGGUGCCAGAAGUGGUCCGUUUCAAGACGCUGGUCGCCAAGGCUGUGGGCGUGGUCCUCUCUGUUGUCGGAGGCCUGGCUGUUGGAAAGGAAGGUCCCAUGAUUCACUGCGGCUCAGUAAUUGCUGCUGGUAUCUCACAAGGCAAGAGCACCACAUUUCGGAGGGAUCUCAAUUGCUUCCGGGAAUUUCGUGAGGAUCACGAGAAGCGAGACUUCGUCUCUGCGGGUGCAGCUGCUGGAGUGGCCGCUGCUUUUGGAGCACCCGUUGGGGGCGUCCUGUUCAGUUUGGAAGAAGGUGCCAGCUUUUGGAACCAGUCUCUGACAUGGAGGAUUUUCUUCUGCUCGACCAUAUCAGCCUUCUCAUUGAGUGUCAUCCUAAGUGCCUUCCACGGACAUGCUGGCGAGCUGUCCUUCUCGGGCUUGGUCAAUUUUGGAGAGUUUGAUGAUGUCCAAUGGAGCAUCGUGGAGCUGCCCAUCUACAUUAUCAUGGGAGCAUGUGGUGGACUGUUGGGAGCCCUCUUCAAUUAUGUGAACUUCAAGCUGACAGUCUUCAGGAUAAGGUACCUGUACCGGCGCUGGGUCAAAGUCAUUGAAGCUGUCGCCGUGGCAAUAGUCACAGCCUCUGUGGGCUUCCUCAUGAUUGACAUCUCGACUGACUGCCGGCCUCAUCGGGAUGACUUUUACGAUAAUGCUCUGCAGUUCAACUGCUCUGAUGGCCGGUAUAGUGCUCUUGGAGAAAUCUGGUUCCAAACGCCCGAAGCCAGUGUUCGAAGCCUUUUCCACCGUCCUGAAGGCACAUGGACGGCGAUGACCCUGCUGGCCUUCUUCGUGGUGUAUUUCUUUCUGAGCUGUUGGACGUACGGUCUGAGCGUCUCCAGCGGAGUGUUCAUCCCCACGCUCUUGGUGGGCGCAGUCUGGGGUCGUCUGCUCGGCAUUGGUGUCCGUAACAUGUUCCCAACAAGUACGUGGGUGAACCCUGGCAAGUUUGCGCUGAUUGGAGCCGCAGCUACUCUGGGCGGUGUGGUUCGCAUGACGCUCAGCCUGAGUGUCAUUCUGAUUGAGGCCACGCGCAACAUCACUUUUGCCCUACCCAUCAUGAUAGCCCUGACGGUGGCCAAGUGGGUGGGCGACUUCUUCUCCGAGGGGCUUUAUGACAUCCACCUUCAGUUAGCUGGUGUUCCAUUUUUGGGUUGGGAGGCUCCUUCACGCUCAAGCAACAUUCCAGCAAAGGAGGUCAUGGGCUACCCUGUGGUCACAUUCCGGACAGUGGAGAAUGUUGGCAGGAUCAUCGAUGUGUUGGCCUCCUGUCCGCACAAUGGUUUCCCCGUGGUGGACACGGCUGCGGAGCAUUCUGGUGAAGAUCACUCGUUUGGGCGCUUCCGAGGCAUCAUCCUUCGGUGGCAGCUUAUCGUUCUUCUUCAGUACAAGAUGUUCCAGAGCGACAGUGAGGGAGCCUGCCGUCGGCGACUGCAGCUCUCCAAUUUCCGGGAUGCCUACCCACGCUACCCGACCAUUCAGCAAGUGCAUGUCUCUGUUCAUGAGCGGGAGUACAACAUGGACCUUCAGCCCUUCAUGAACUCAGCUGCCUACACAGUCUCUCACAAUGCAUCACUGCCAAGGAUUUUCAAGCUCUUCAGAGCCCUUGGCCUUCGGCACCUAGUUGUCGUCGAUGGCAGCAAUAUGGUUGUUGGCAUCGUGACCCGCAAGGACCUCGCCCGAUACCGUAUGACAAACCACUAUGGCCGACUUGGCAUGGAAGAGCUGCAUGUAUCCCAUGGCUGAUGGGAAGACUCCACACUGUGAUAUUUGUGGACCAAGUGUAGGUUCGUGGUGUAUAGAGACUGACUCUUCUUCACUCCGUUCAAUGCAAGGAUGCUUUCAGCAAUCGCUGAAGAUGGACAUCACAGCACACAAGCAUUGUGGUUGGCACAUCAUGCACUGUUAAGAAUUAUGUGUUGUUUGAGCAGGCACAGAGUGCAGAAGAAUAUUUAGGAGAUUGAGGUCUUUGACCUGUUCAGGUUGCGCACGAGUUAUUUUUGAUAAAUAUCUGAUUUUUUUUUUUUACUGUAGGCCUGCCUAGACUGUUACAUGCAAAUGUGAUUGUACACCACUUGACGACUGCUUGUUCAGUAAGCUGUUUUGUUAACUAGGAUGAGCGGAACUGGUGAGUUUUGCGAAGCCUUUGCUGCUGCUGUGUGCCCUAGGAGAGUGUGUAUGUUGAACUGCUUUACAAGACCUGAGCACUAAUACUCAGAAUUCUCAAUCUAUGGUUAUACAAAAUGGAAUGACUAAGUAGUCAGGCUUUGCUACUAAUAUGAGAUAUAUACAAGACCUGACGUUUGCUGUAGAUCAGCAGCUUGAAUAUUAUUUUAUCUUGCGACCUAUUGGAUCUGUAUCAACAGGAAUGCUGGCCUGUUUCAUUACUCAGGAGAAAAAUCACGUAUUCCUGUCAUGGAAAGUUAAACAGUACUGAAGAACUUGCAAAAUGCAGAAGAAUCGAAGCUGUGAUAAAAAAAGAUACAGCGUGCUAGUCUAGUGUUUUGCGGUUGUAGUUCUGCAGCUGUGCUAACUUUAGUUCCUCUGUGGUUAUUAGGCCUGAUUGUGUUUUAUUCAUUGUUGUGUUUAGAAUAUAUCCAGCUGAUUCUAUAUUCUCUACAAUAUUUCUUAAUAAACACCAGUUGUGGUAACUGUGAAAGCAAAGUUUAUAGUAGCCAUAAUGAAUCAGUCAUUGACUGCGAGUUGUUCAGCAUUCUUUACCAUCUUUGUCAUAUUUCUUGUUUAGUAUGCCACUUAUUCUUAAUAUAAUGUAUGUUUAGCUUUCAAAACGUUCCCAUUCAACGCCUACUGGUUUUAUGUACGCAAGCUGUGCUUGCACAAUCAAGUCAAGUAAUUGAGGAGAACAGUGCAUCUAAGAUGGGCGCUAUAGGCACAAAAAUAAGUGAGCACUUUAGAUGUGUACCUUUCGUAAUGACUGGUUGUUCAUAUCUGCUACCUACUUUGUGCACUGAGCGUUUGAUGGUCGACAUCUGUGAAUCAGUGACAACCACGACCAGCUCAUCUACAGAAUUUGAUUGCGAAUGAUGGAGGCCAUUGCGUUAGGAUUGCACUUUUUUUUCGACAUAGUUUUGCUGUGUGAGGCUUGCAAAACUUAUGCUGUAGACCUUGUCGGAAUAUUUUAAUUGUUGCUUGCGUUCUCUUUGCUGUGAUGAAUUGGUGUUUGUACAUUUACCAUUGUGUACAUUGAAAAGGGCAUGCAUUGCAUUUGUACAUAUAUAUAUAUAUAAUAUACACUGUACCUUUGGUUUCACGCAUAAAAGAUUAGUUGUUUCGUA